AUGAGGGCUCUUCAGACUUCCUCCAUACUUCUCGCAGCAUGGGGUGUCAGCGGCUCUGUCAUAGAGCGUCAAAGUCAGGGCGGCUUUGAAAACGGCCAGCCUAUCGAUGGUAAUGGAAAGGGCGCUCCAUUCUCAGGCGGAACAAAUCAUGCCCUUGACCUUCAGAACCCAGACAAUCUUGGUCGGCAGAGCACGGACAACGGCGUUGUUCCUAACCUCAAGUGGAGCUUCUCAGACUCUAAGACCAGAAUCUUGAGGGGCGGUUGGGUUCGAGAGCAAGUUGUCACAGAUCUGCCUAGCAGUAAGCAGAUCUCGUCUGCUCAGCAACAUUUGACUAAGGGCUCGGUCCGUGAGCUUCACUGGCAUAGAGUCGCCGAGUGGGGAUAUGUUUACGCUGGGUCGAUCCUAGUCUCAGGGGUCAAUCAAGAUGGUCAAUUCGAAGUUGCUAAGCUCGACGAAGGAGACGUCUGGUAUUUCCCCAAGGGUGUGGCUCAUACUGUCCAAGGUCUUGAGGAGGAAAAUGAAUUCCUCUUAAUAUUUGACGACGGUGACUUCGAUGCUGUCGGGACAACCUUCAAUGUAGAUGAUUGGAUCACACAUACUCCCAAAUCGAUUCUUGCCAAGAACUUCGGACUACCUGAGUCUGUCUUCGGUUCGGUGCCGUCACCAAACCCGUACAUCGUCAACGGAACUAUUGACAAUCACAACGUGACUGGCGGCAAUGGCGAACUUACUGGUAAUGCCUCAUUCGCUUACUACUCGAAAGACCACCCCCUAGAAAAAGUGCCAGGAGAGGGUGGCACGCUUCGCAUUGUUGACUCGAGGACAUUUCCCAUCGCGACAACAAUAGCCGCCAGUAUUGUCACUCUUAAACCCGGCGGUCUAAGAGAGCUGCACUGGCAUCCAAACGCUGAAGAAUGGCUUUAUUUCCAUAAAGGCCAAGGGCGCGCGACCGUAUUCAUAGGCAGCGCUGCUGCUCGGACAUUUGACUUUAGAGCAGGGGAUACCGGCGUGUUCCCGGACAAUAGCGGUCAUUACAUCGAGAACACCUCAGACACCGAUGAGUUGGUUUGGAUUGAGAUAUACAAGAGCGACCGAGUCGAGGAUAUCUCCUUGACCCAGUGGCUCGCGUUAACACCGGCGGGUAUCGUAGCUACAGCUUUAAAUAUCCCGCUCGAGGUAGCGGAGAACUUACAGAAGGAGAAACAGAUCCUUAUCAAAGAGAAGUGA